GUCGGUCUCGGGGGAAUCGGAUCAAGCUGGCCGCCGCUGAGUGACACCGCUCACCUCCGCUCGCCUCCGGGAGGACAGAAGCCGAGAGGACCGCAGCUUCAGCCCGGAGCCCCGUCCGCACACCGCACACAGCAGCCAUGAAGUAAGCUACUUGGCACCUACCUGCCACACCUCCACCUCAAUUUUUCCAAUCCAUUUGGAGGACGACUUACAAUCCAAGCAAACCGCUGCUUUUUUGAACCAUGAGUACUUACACCGUGACGCUUAAUGGACCCUCGCCAUGGGGCUUCCGCUUGCAGGGUGGCAAGGAUUUCAACAUGCCCCUCACCAUUUCCCGGAUCACACCUGGGAGCAAAGCAGCUGCAGGUAACCUGGUACAGGGUGACAUCAUUGUGGCCAUUGAUGGAGUCAGCACAGAUGGGAUGACUCACCUUGAGGCCCAGAACAAAAUUAAAAGUGCCAACUUCAACCUGGCCCUCACCAUGACAAGGUCAAAGCGACCUGCUCCUGUACCCAUGGCCACGCCAAGAAUUGACGCUCCAAUGCCGGUCAUCCCUCACCAGAAGGUUAUUACCAACACACCUUCCAACACUGAGUACAUCCCCAGUUUCAACCCCAUUGCCCUGAAGGACACUGCCCUUUCUACCAACAAGCCCAUAGAGGUGAAGGGGCCUGGAGGCAAGGCCACCAUCAUCCAUGCCCAGUACAACACCCCCAUUAGCAUGUACUCACAGGAUGCCAUUAUGGAUGCCAUUGCUGGUCAGUCCCAGGCCAGGGGUUCUGAGCUGUCUGGCGAUGAGGCUGCUUCUGGCUCUCCUCUUUCUAAUCUCCCAGUUAAAGAGCGUGUUAUAGACAGUGCUUCCCCAGUGUAUCAGGCCGUGGUCCCCAGUGUGGAAAGAAGUGAACUGGAGCCUGCUGAGUGGGCCAAAAAAGCUGCCCAGCUGCAGUCCAAGUCCUUCCGCAUCCUCGCCCACAUCACUGGCACUGAAUACAUGCAAGACCCAGAUGAGGAAGCUCUUAGAAGAUCAAGUACGCCUGCCCAGCAUGCUCCAGUCUCCACCAGCGCCGUGCCCGCCGCUCUGCCUGCUACCGCAGCUUUGCCCAAUCAGCUUGCCAAUGAGCCGCAGGUAGCCAAUCAGGUGCCUGAGCUUGAUGUUGAACAGCCUCCAGAGCCCACCCUUGUAGACCCUGCCCGUGACAGCUCAAUGUCACCCCCUGAGCCGCAGCCUGUAUCUCCCCCUGCCCCUGCAGCCCCUGCUGUUCCCCCUGCGGGACCCCGCCACCUGUCACCUGCAGCCUCAACUAUUUCAACUCUAUUAUCCACUCAGUCUAGAAACCAUGCUUAUAAGAAAGGUCCGCCCCCAACAUCUGCGCUGGAGGCCCUGUCAAUCACCCCGUUCUUCUGCACCAGAACUUUGCCCAAACGCAAGCCUACCCUUCCCUCAGGAAAACCAAAUCAGCUGAGCUUCACCAUGCAGUCUGCAACUGGUUACAGAUCUCAAUACCAAUCCUCCACUUCCAGUGCCUACAUGCAGCCACCUCUCAUGCAGCCAGCCCCACCCACAUACCAGCCUCCACCCAUGCAGGCAGCCCCACCCACAUACCAGCCACCUCCCAUGCAGGCAGCCCCACCCACAUACCAGCCACCUCCCAUGCAGCCAGCUCCACCCACAUACCAGCCUCCACCCAUGCAGCAGAGCUCCAUCCAGAUCCCUGUGGGUCCACCUCCACCUAAAGUGGUCAGCACUGCCACCAUCGUGCCUACAGCCUAUCCCACUGCUCCAGCACCUGUCCCAGCACCAGCCCCAGCACCAGCCCCAGUUCACAUUCCUGCCCCUGUCCAACCCGCUCCCGGCCCCGGUGCACCCUCAAACAGACCUCCUUGGGUGAUGGAUGACACCUUUGCUCAGAAGUUCGACCCCAGUAAGACCACCACCAGUGUCAAGGUGCAGCCUCUUCCUACGGCUGCCCCACCUGCUCCUUCCUAUGUUCCCAACCCUGCUCCUGCUCCUGCUCCUCCAGCUGCUCCAAGCCCAGCUUUCAACCCAUCCCCAGCUCCCUUCACCCCAGCUCCUUUCCCACCAGUGGCACGUGGGGUGGCCCAGAGAGCAGAGCGCUUUGCUGCCAGUAACAGGACGCCUAUGUGUGGAGCCUGCAACAAUAUCAUCAGGGGUCCUUUCCUGGUGGCACUGGGCCGCUCCUGGCAUCCGGAGGAGUUUAACUGCCACUACUGCCACACGUCUCUAGCUGACGUCAGCUUUGUGGAAGAGCAGAAUAGUGUUUACUGUGAGAACUGUUACAGAGAGUUCUUCGCUCCGACAUGCGCCCGGUGUAACUCCAAGAUUAUGGGGGAAGUGAUGCAUGCUCUGAGGCAGACCUGGCACACCACCUGCUUUGUGUGUGCUGCGUGUGGGAAACCAUUUGGAAACAGCCUGUUUCAUAUGGAAGAUGGGGAGCCUUACUGUGAAAAAGAUUACAUUGCUCUCUUCAGCACUAAGUGCCAUGGCUGUGACUUCCCAGUGGAGGCCGGAGACAAGUUCAUUGAAGCUCUUGGCCACACAUGGCAUGAUACCUGCUUCGUUUGUGCAGUUUGCCAUAUGAACCUGGAGGGCCAGCCUUUCUACUCCAAGAAGGAUAAACCAUUGUGCAAGAAGCACGCCCACGCCAUUAAUGUGUAGAACCACAGAGAAAUGAUUCUGCUCGUCAUCAUGUUUGCCUUUGUAUUGGCUCGGGCUCUUUUAGGGAAGAACUCUAUGCCAAUGCAGUUUUAUUAUGGAACAUAUCAAUGAAGACAGCAAGGUUCACAUACAUAUAACUGCUAAUAAUUGUUAAUGAAUUAUUAUUUUUUAUUUAAUACAGAACUGGUGCAUAUUUAGUGUGUGCUUCGAUGCAUAUUGUUUUUUUAAGCAUUUUGCUCUUGAGUACAUGCAUUGAGAGCUCAAAGUGUUAAAAAUAACCCACUUGAAAUGAUUGUAUAAUCAUGCAGAUUGCAUUGAAAUAGAAAUGCAAUAUGCUACAUUUUUGGGUGACAUAUUUAUUUUAUUCAUCAACUAAACUUUAAAUAUGUUUUUCGGUUGUGUUUUUGGCAGCACAAACCUGUAGAGAAGGAUUUUUUUAGUAUUUCUAACUUAAUAUAAUGGGGUUUUCAUUAUUGUAUUUAGCUGCUGGGUAUAUAUUUGAUUGCUGAUUCCCAGGGCUUGCCAUGACUGAUGCCAGGAUUAUAUUUUUAAAAUCUUAUUGAAGGCCUGUAAAGUACCUAUGUGUUAGGGGUGUGCCUUAAGCCCUGAAUGAGAACCUUAAAAUCAUAUUUUUAUUUCACGAGUGUGUAUUAUAUUCAUACACAAAGUUUAUGAGACCUAAGGGAUAGUCAUCUUUCUCACACUAACAUAUGUACACUAGUACUACAAGCUCACCUGAUACUGGUGUACAGUCUUUUCAUUGUUUUCUACACACUAAUGUACUACUUAUUGUUUUUGCUUGUGUAUGUGUGUGUGGCAGCCGGUGCAUGGAUUUGCUUGUAAGCACAUAUGUGAUACCCAGCAACAGUGUUAGUUUAAAAUAAAACUGUCCAAUAUUUUCACAACCACACAUCUGGCAUGAUCACAUUUGAUUCAGUGUAUAUGCUUGCACUUUUAAUCAAUUUUAUUAUUUCUCUGCUGACUUGUACAGAGACACAACUUUAGAAUAGAGGAGCAGUAUAUAAAGAGUCACUUGCAAAACUUGAGGUGGAAAUCUGGCUUUGGCAGUGUAUGCAAAGUUAUACUGAUGUGUGUAUGUGUGUGUAUGUGUAUUUUCAGAUUUUAGUGUUCAGUCCUGUUAUUUAUUUUGUGUAUGUGUGUUAAUUGUGUAACAAAUUCACUACAAAACUGAACAGUACAAACAAGAAUACAUAGUAUUACAAAAUAUUGUACCAGGUUUAUGUAUGAAUUAUGUUCCAAACCCACCUUUUUUAAACAGUGUCUCAAAUAAAAACACAUUUGUUGAUCAGAUUGUUUAAAUUAAGCCAUUACCUCAACUAAAUGAAAAUGUAUUUGCUUAAUUUAUUUCUGUAAGUAAUAAAUGCUGUUUUAUGUAA